CUUUCUCUCGUUCACACACGCCGUUCUGAGGCACAGUACUCGGAAGCAUUACUGGAUAACCUUCACCAACUUCUCAUCCAUCUGUCAAUUCUACUGCUUCGCCUACGCGGCUCUACAUUCCGCCGUAACGUCCUACAAUGCUUAGACGGUCCCUCACGCCAUGAAUUUCCCCGUGCUGCUGCCUGAACUGGUAGUUCUGGUGCCUUGUCGGAAAUCCCGAGUUAGCAGCUGCAGAAGGUGGGGUGUGCGGACAUGCGGGUAUAAUUAAUAGGCUGUAAGUUAAUCGAUUGCACAUCGAUCCCAGCGCGAAUCUCGCUCGUGUUGGCCUCCAACGAUGUUUCCUCGACCGGCUCUUCCCCUUCCAUGCGAGAGUCCGCGUCCCGCUCUUUCGGGUUGAACCAGAAAGUCCAUAACGGCAAGCAGCAGCAGCAGUGACGCUUUCGCCGUCCGCCUUAGUCCAGGAAGACGAAUGUAGCAACGACCCGCCGCCGCUUGCAUCCGCUCCCUACGCCCGCUGGACCUUCCCUUCCCCCCGGCUGUUUCUCCUAAAUCCCUCUGCCUCCCACGCCGUAAUAACUGGCAUCGAUUCCGGAAUCUCGGGUGGCCGCGUCAGCGGCGACGUCACUCGGCGUGUCGUCCCCGCCACCCGCUCCGCUCGCGUCGUCCUCGCUCGACCGGCACCGGCGCCGGCAGCGGGCAGCGCUGCUCGACUGGGGGAGCAGCGUCGCGGGCGCGGCGACGAGCAGCAGCAUGUCGCGGCCGAUGGCUCUGGGGCUCGUGCUGCUCGUGCUCUUCCUCACGUCGCAGUCCGAGUGGAAGGCGUCGCGCACGCACAUGGACGCCGCGACCUCCGCCGCCUCCAAGCAGAUGCGCGUGGAGAAGCACAGGGACGGCAUCAAGGAGAAGAUCAUCAUGGAUCUAAUGGCGGAGAACAAGCGUCUGGAGGCGGAGAGGGAGCAGCUUCGGCGCGUGCUGGAGGAGAUGCAACGGCGCCUGGUGGCGUGCUGCCAUGCCAAUCCGCACCUCGACACCUUCGACUCCGCUCUCAGGCCGUCGUCUCGCCUCAGCCCCCAGCCUCUUGAUGACCGCUUCCUCUCCUCCUCCUCCUCCUCCGCCUCCGCCUCCGCGUCCUCUUCCUCGUCUUCCUCUUUCUCCUCCUCUUCCUCCUCCGCCGCCUCCCUCUCCUCCCUCACCGGCGGGUCCUCCCAGUCCUUGAUGUUCGGGCAGCCCGAAGUCGAUUCCCCGGGCUUUCAGCGGCAGGCAGGCGCGCAGAGCAACGCUGGGCGGAACUAUCAGCGGCAGCAGCUGCUCACCCGUAGGCACGUCGAGGAGGCGUUAGCGGGAGGUAGUGGCUUCGAGGUGGCUUCGCUGGAGCAAGGCCAGCAGCAGCAGCAGCAGCAGGAGUUGACACAGCAGCUGCAGUCGCAGGUUCAGCAGCAGCAGUUACAGCAGCAAGUGCAGCCGCAUCAGACUCAGGUGCAGCAGCAGCAGCAGGCGGGUGGAGCCAUGACCCAGGGAGGAGCAGCAGUGAUCGGUCAUAUGACUCGCUUCCGAGGGUUCUCACAAUCGGAAGCUCGCCGCGAGCAUCAGCAGCGACAGCAGCUACUACUACGGGAACAGCAGCAGCAGUCGCAGCAGCAGCAACCGCAGCAACAGCUACUGUUUCCACUAAUUGUGCAGGAGCAGAAGGUUGGGAAGCAGGUGCAACGGCAGGCAUUUGAUCACCAGCAGCAGCAGCUGCAGCAGCAGUUGCCACUGCAACAGGGGCAAGCGGAGUUCCUACCUCAGGAGCUUAAGAAGCAGCAGAACUCGUAUGUGGGUAGCAGCAGCAUGAGCAACAGCAUUGGCAGCAGCACAGCAAGCGGCAUUGCAAGCAGUGGGGAGAGCAGUGUGCGGAGCAGCAUGCAUGUGGUGCAGGAGAGCAGUGGGGUUGGUGAGGAGCUUGCAGGCAUGGGUGCAGUGAGAUAUGAAGAGGAGUCUGGCGCUCGUCAAGGGGGCUUGGGUGCAUGAGCACGGUGGGAGACAGUUGAGCUGUCUUGCAAUGGCUGCUUGUGCCCACGGCCUUUUUGAGCAUGUGGUGUGGGCGGGGGUGUGUGCUGGUGUGGUGGUCAUGGUGCUCCCCACGUGCGCAUGCCAGGGAUGCGAGAGAAUGAGAGAGAGACAGAGCGAUAUUGGUGACGUUGGGGAGGGCUGAGACACGGCUUGGAGGACUGGCAGGUAUUACUGUCAUGUUAUCAAACCUAAUCUUCUGCUCUAGUGGUCGUGGGUUUAGGUUGCCUUUCUGUGAUGUGAUGCGUUUUCAGCAGCUUUCAACAAGGCAGGCAGACUGCUGGUGCUAAACAUUGCUUUUUACUGGUGUUGUUUGUCAAAUUCUUUACCUCCAUCAGGGUGGACUACAUUUGGCUCGA